GACCGGAUUCCUUCCCCCGCAUGCCGGGCUCCGCUUCUCUUGUGUCUCUUCUGCGGGGAUGGAUGAAGUCCUCCCUUGGCCUGCCUUGCAAGGCUGUUGUUUGUAGGACGGAAGGAGCAGAUGAUCGCCCUUCCUUUCCCGGUUCUGCGACCUAUUUUAGAACUCGCAGCCAUGUCUCCGAAGAGGAAGAUGCCCGGGCCGGUCACGUCCACAUCUGACAGCUUAAAGGGAGGCAGAAAAUCGGACCACACUGGCACAGAGGCCUUCUCUGCAAAGAAGUUCAAAUCUUUGGAUGAUCCUCCAACCCAGAGCUUGGCCGAGACGGUGAAGGAAACCCGUUUGAGCGUGGCGACGUCGGUCGUGGAGUUCCCGUACAACAAGAAACGCGUCCGGUUGAUCUCUCUGGUUCCUGAUCUCAAGGAGGGGGCUCGGGGGAUCUUGUACUGGAUGUCUCGCGAUCAGAGAGUUCAAGAUAAUUGGGCCUUCCUGUACGCCCAGCGCCUGGCCUUAAAACAGCGCCUGCCGCUCCACGUCUGCUUCUGCCUGGUGCCCAAAUUCCUGGAUGCCACCAUUCGCCAUUUCGGUUUUUUGCUCAGAGGCCUGGAGGAAGUUGCUGAGGAGUGUCAGGUGCUCGACAUCCCUUUCCACUUGCUGGUCGGUUUCGCGAAAGACACGCUGCCUCGCUUUGUGACCCAACACGGCAUCGGCGGAGUGGUGACAGAUUUCUCCCCGCUCCGCGUUCCCAUGCAGUGGGUUCGAGACAUCCAGGAACGGCUGCCCAGCGAUGUGCCCCUUGCUCAGGUGGACGCCCACAAUAUUGUCCCGUGCUGGGUUGCCUCGGGGAAGCAGGAAUACGGAGCCAGGACAAUUCGGAGGAAGAUCCAUGACCGACUGGCUGAAUUCCUGACCGAAUUUCCGCCUGUCGUCAAGCACCCGUUCCCGUCUGAGCUUCAGGCAGAGCCCAUCAGCUGGGAGGCCUGUUAUUCCAGCUUGCAGGUGGAUCGCUCCGUCAAGGAGGUGGAAUGGGCCAAGCCGGGAACUUCCUCUGGCUUCAAGGUGCUGGAAGAGUUUGUGAAGGACAGGCUGAAGUUCUUCGGUUCGGACCGAAACAACCCCAACCGGCCAGCCCUCAGCAACCUCUCGCCCUGGUUCCACUUUGGUCAGGUGGCUGUGCAACGAGCCAUUUUGGAGGUGCGCAAAUAUCGCACCAAGUACAAAGAAUCCGUGGAAGGUUUCAUCGAGGAGGCCGUGGUGCGUCGGGAACUGGCGGACAACUUCUGUUUCUUCAACCCCAACUACGACAAGGUUGAAGGUGCUUACGACUGGGCGAAGACCACACUGAAGCUCCAUGCCAAGGACAAGAGGCCUUACCUGUACACGCUGGAGCAAUUGGAAGAAGGGAAGACACACGACCCCCUGUGGAACGCGGCGCAGCUCCAGAUGGUCCACGAAGGGAAAAUGCACGGCUUCCUGCGGAUGUAUUGGGCCAAGAAGAUCUUGGAGUGGACCAAGUCACCCGAGGAGGCCCUGCAGUUUAGCAUCUACCUGAAUGACCGCUACGAAUUGGACGGCCGAGACCCCAACGGAUAUGUAGGCUGCAUGUGGUCCAUCUGCGGGAUCCACGAUCAAGGCUGGGCGGAACGGGCCGUCUUUGGCAAGAUCCGCUACAUGAAUUAUGCCGGUUGCAAGAGGAAGUUUGAUGUCGCCCAGUUUGAGCGCAAAUACAGUCCUCGACGCUUCACCAAGUAGCCUCGGCGGAAGGCCACCAUCAACGCUGGUGGACAGGUGCUUCUCCCCUCAUAAGGAAUAAUAAAGACACUCACUGCUGCAGAACAAAACAAGCUUCACCUACUGAUUGAGACCCCAGGCUAGAAACCAGGAGAGGGUGUAGACAUGAAAGCCGGAUGGGUGACUGGACCAAUCACUAGGAGAGGGCGAAUUCUAGUUUUUCAGCCAAUCACUGGGAGACUAUGAGUUCUAGUCCCGCCUUAGGCAUAAAAGGUGGUGGGUCACCAGGAGAUGGCGAGUUCUAGUCCCGCCUUAGGCAUUAAAGGUGGUGGGUCACCAGGGGAUGGCGAGUUCUAGUCCCGCCUUAGGCAUUAAAGGUGGUGGGUCACCAGGGGAUGGCGAGUUCUAGUCCCGCCUUAGGCAUUAAAGGUGGUGGGUCACCAAGGGAUGGUGAGUUCUAGUCCUGCCUUAGGCAUUAAAGGUGGUGGGUCACCAGGGGAUGGCGAGUUCUAGUCCUGCCUUAGGCAUUAAAGGUGGUGGGUCACCAGGGGAUGGUGAGUUCUAGUCCUGCCUUAGGCAUUAAAGGUGGUGGGUCACCAGGGGAUGGCGAGUUCUAGUCCCGCCUUAGGCAUUAAAGGUGGUGGGUCAGCAGGGGAUGGUGAGUUCUAGUCCUGCCUUAGGCAUUGAAGGUGGUGGGUCACCAGGAGAUGGUGAGUUCUAGUCCCGCCUUAGGCAUUGAAGGUGGUGGGUCACCAGGAGAUGGUGAGUUCUAGUCCCGCCUUAGGCAUUAAAGGUGGUGGGUCACCAGGGGAUGGCGAGUUCUAGUCCCGCCUUAGGCAUUAAAGGUGGUGGUCACCAGGAGAUGGCGAGUUCUAGUCCUGCCUUAGGCAUUAAAGGUGGUGGGUCACCAGGGGAUGGCGAGUUCUAGUCCUGCCUUAGGCAUUAAAGGUGGUGGGUCACCAGGAGAUGGUGAGUUCUAGUCCCGCCUUAGGCAUUGAAGGUGGUGGGUCACCAGGAGAUGGUGAGUUCUAAUCCCGCCUUAGGCUGGGUGACCUUGGGCCAAUCACCAGAAGACUGUGUGAUCACAGCCAAGAUCAGAGCAUCAAGGACUCCAUAGUCGUCCCCUUCCUCCUCCUUUCCACAAACUCCUCUCCCUUCUAGCACUGAUAUUGUUACCUAGAUUGGUAAUAAAACGUCUGCAAGCAAACAAGUGAGCUCAGAGAGCACCAGAGACCCCACAGCCCCCCUCAUCUCUUCUUCAUCUUAUUCUCUGCAUACUCCACUCCCUCCUAGUUCUGAUGAUGUUAGCUAGUUGGGUCAUGAAACGUCUGCAACAAAACCAGCCAGCACAGAGAACAUCAAAGACUCCACAGUUCAAUCCCGAGCUACAAAUAUUCUCUUCUAUCCAUUUACUGAAUAUAAUCUUUCUUGGGGAAACUGCUUCGUUAAACAGGGGGGGCAAGGCGGAGAAAUGACUGAAUAUAUGUAGUCCUCGACUUAUGACCACAAUUGAGCGUAAUAUUUAUGUUGCUGUGCGAGACAUUUUGAGUUUUGUCCCAUUUUACAAUUUUUCUUGCCACUGUUGUUAAGUGAAUCACUGCAGUUGUUAAAUUAGUAAAACGGUUGUUAAGUGAAUCUGGUUUCCCCACUGACUUUGCUUGUAAGGUCACAAAAUGGGAUCACGUGACAC